CGGCGGCCAUGGCGGCCAUGGCGGGAGCGGUGGUGCGGGUCGGCUGCGCCUCGGCCCUGCGGGCAUCGCUGUCACCGCUGAGGGCGGUCCGGGCGCUCCGGGUUUGCAGACUGAAGUCAUCGGUCAGCUUUCUUACUCGACCAGAUCGACCAAAUAUUGCUUAUCAGAAACUAAAAGGCAGGAAUCCGGGGGUUAUUUUCCUUCCAGGCUUCAAUUCAAAUAUGAAUGGUCAGAAAGCAACUGCCCUUGAAGAUUUCUGCAAAUCAUUAGGCCAUGCCUUCAUCAGAUUUGACUAUACAGGAUGUGGAAGUUCAGAUGGUAAAUUUGAAGAGUGUACAAUUGGGAAGUGGAGAAAAGAUGUUCUGUCUAUACUGGAUGAACUUACAGAUGGACCACAGAUUCUGGUGGGCUCCAGCAUGGGUGGAUGGCUGAUGCUUCAUGCUGCAAUAGCACGCCCAGAUAAAGUAGCUGCUCUGGUUGGAGUAGCUGUAGCAGCAGAUCACGUUGUAACAACUUUCAAGAGGCUUCCCAUUGAGGCACAAAAAGAAAUAGAAGAAAAGGGCGAAUGGAAGUAUCAAACAAAGCACAAUGAGGAAGGAUAUUACUCCUUGACCUAUGACUUUAUCAGAGAAGCAGAAAAUCACUGUGUGCUGAAUAGUCCUAUUCCUGUAACAUGUCCCAUACGCCUUAUCCAUGGCAUGAAGGAUGGUGAUGUCCCUUGGCAGAUCUCUAUGCAGGUUGCUGAUCGUGUUUUGAGCAAGGACGUGGAUGUUAUCCUCCGCAAAAUCGGCCAGCAUCGGAUGAGUGACAAGGAGGAUACAAAACUCCUUGUGAAUACUGUUGAUGAUUUAAUCGACAAGCUGUCAAUAGUAGCAUAAGCUGAAGGGUAGCAUUAGUGCAUGAACUCUACACCUGAUUCUUUUCCUUGAGUAACAGAAGCCUUGUUCUUACCCAGACAGUGGCAAGUCUGUGACUGUCACAGUAGGAACUGAGCUUUAUCUGCCGUUUCCUUACCUCUGUUUUGUAAAUACAGGUAUUUUGUUAUUGCUGCAUUUGCACACAGUCCAAAGUGGGAAGGAGUGCUGCUAUUGUGUUCAGAACCUCUCUUUCAACACUUUAACCAUUUUUUUCACAAAUUUCCUACAAUUUUGUACUGAAAUGUUGAUUAAUUUUUGUUACUAUUGGCCUGUAUAGUAGAACUUUAUUUUCACAUCUUUGACACUUAUUAUUGUCCUUCUGCUGUAGCAUCAUUGUAUCUCAUGUCUGAAACCAUCUGUGCAAGGCAGAAUACAACUUGAGUGUUUACUGAAGUUAGUUAUUAGAAUAGUGAGUACCAUGAAACACAAUAAACAGAUUUCAGAUAAA